GGGAGCGCUCAGUUUGCGACAUGUAUUCGCCAUUUUGCUGCCUCGGCGUGUGUAUGUGUGUGGGCUCCUCUCUGUGAGAGUACCUCUGAAGCUCCCAAACAUUCAACACUCCAGACACCAGCUUAAACAACCAGGGAAAAUGUCUGCACUUAGACAACUGUAGCUGCCGCAGCAUGACAUGGACAUUUGGACGACGUAACAUUAGAUAACGUUAGCCUCGUCGAGCGUCACCGAAGAGGACCUGGGGAAGAAAUGCAAGCUUGACAAACAGGAGAGUGGUUUUCCAUCAGCAACCACUCAGGAUGAAAGCACGAAGUAAGGAGGAGGAAUAUUACUGUCCUCGUGGGAUUGCGUUUGCUUUUUUGGAUUCUCAAAUUUGACCACAUCCAUAAGACCAUCAAUAAUGAUACCCGGAUUGAUCUCCAAGGAGUUACACAUGCAGCUUCUGGACCUGAAGAAUUACCAAAAUCGCACAAAUGGGGUGGAAGAGCUCAAACAUGUCCUCUCAGAAGUGGACAUGAAAUCAGUCCCAUCUGGCAGUAUUGACGAGUUCAUCAAUUUUCUCCCGCGACUUCUGGGUGACAGUAAUUUUAAAGUAUUAUAUGGCACCUUACAAGUUUUAAACUUGCUCAUUCAGAAGCUAGAUACAGGUGUAGACAAAUAUUUUAAACAGAUAGUCUUAGUGGCUCUGAAGGCCCUGGGGGACACUCGCACCCUCACCAGAAACGAAUACAUGAAUGUGUUUCGACAGCUGAUGAAAAGUGUGGCGCCGCAACAAAUAUUGGAUCAUGUCAUUGGCAACUUGAAACACAAGAAUUCAAGGGUUCGUGAAGAUGUCCUUAACAUCAUUAUGGCAGCUAUGCUCACUCAUCCUAGGAAAGAUUUCAACAUCCCCAAGCUUUGUUUUGAGGUUGCACCAUACCUGGCAGACAGCAAAAAGAAAGUCCGUCACGCCGCCCUUGAGCUGUUUGCUGUUUUUGACUAUUGCCUUGACACAGGGAAAAGGCAGCCCCUAAUAAAAGCUGUGGACAUGGUCGAACUCAAUGAGGAUGCAGAGGGUCUUAUGGCAGCUGUACAGGCAAGACGAGCAAGGCACGUCCUUCCGAAACUCACCUCAGAGGGGAUAGUGGAGUAUGGCUUGGUGGUGCCCAAACCAGGACAGCGGUGCUCCCUGCAAUAUGGUUCCGGAGCUGAUCUGGACUGGGUGAUGAACGGAGGGCGGACAAGCAGUGCCAGGAGCCACAGAACUGAGCCAGAUUGCGACCGAUUGUACGGCUAUGGGAGCGUAGGCUCCCUCACCGAUGACCUUCCAUUUCAAAGGAGGAUUGUCAGCGCGGGUAAAGGGAAGAACAAACUACCGUGGGAGAUGUCAAGCUCCUCAUCCACUGAAAAUGACCAGCAAUGCAGCACCCCUAAUGGAAAGUGCUCUGAACAGGUCGCCAGUGAGGAUUUCCCUCACCUGUCCAGGAAGCUGAGUCCAGAGACUUACAUUCCCAGUUUCAGUUCUGCAGAGCCUCAGAAGCCACACUCCUCCAGAAGGAGGGUGUCCCCUGCACGCCUCAGAAGAAGUGGAAGCCUCAACUUAGACCCAGACAUCUUUAAAACCAACUUCUCUGACACAGAUGUUGUGGCACCCAAGGAACACAUGAUCUCAAGAAACCCCAGUGUUGAGCGCACAUUUUCCCUCCCCUCGAACCCCACUACGUCCGGCUCCUUCCUACUGCCCUCUUACCCAUUGGCUACACUCCCAGGAGGCAUGCUUACUCCAACACUGUCCCGCCGUCAUGCAGACUCUUCCCUCUCUAUGUCCAACACCUGGCCCAACAAGAGAGAGAACAGCCCUCACCAGCGAGACACCAGCCCCUGGAGAGACACAGGCGCAGCCAAGGGUAAUUCGGACCAUCUCUCUAGCAGAUGCUCUCCCAGGCCUCUCCGUGCUUCCCUCAUGAGUUCUUCUUCCACUUCGUCAUUCCGUCGGGCUCUGAGCAGUACCAAGGCAACCCUGUCUGUCUCGCCAGUUGUCCCUACAGCAGAGCAGGUCCAGUCCCACAAUGGCCAGAGGUCCAAUGCUCCAGGCAGCCCUCAGAGUCAGCAGCUAGAAAGGGACCUUCAUCUGGACACUGAUAGCAUCAUUGCGGUGAAAGAAUCUCAAGAGGAUGAUCCUCUGGACAUGCAGGAGAUGUUGAACUCUCUGCGCUCAUUGCGCAACAGCGCUGCCAAGAAGAGGGCCAAAGUGAGCCUUAGCAGUUCAGAUCAAGAUCCAGACAGCCCUGACUCAGCUGUGAGGCUGGAUCUAGGCCUGGACUCUCCAUCACACACCUCUCCAAUGCUUACAAGCUCAGCCAGUGAGAGUGGUCUUUCCAGUCUGAGCUCAGUCGCUAACUCCAGCUUCAAUGGCAUCAAAACCAGUCCCAGAAACAGUGCCUCUUCAGAAAUGAAACCUCGCAUUGCAAGAGUGCCUUCUGCAAAACUGCGGUCUUCUGUGUCCAUGGACUUCAGCAGCCUUCAAGGAUUGUCUCAGAAGAGCGAAUUGUCAUCUGAGGUGGGUGUUGUUGGGCAGCGAGUCACUUACUCCAACGGAUCAAUCAAAACUGAGGAAGAGACAACAGGGCCGUGCCCUCCACUGGUCAAAGCAGCCUUCCGUGAAUCAGUCAGAGCUCUGAAGCCUGCCAAAGGAUCUCAGAGUCACAGCAGCAGAAACUCACCAGCCACAGAAAUGUCCGAAGGAGUCAUUGGAAGAGGCAUGUUUGGCACCACAGUGUCCUCCAGCCGUCCAGGAGUCGGCUUGUCACUGGAGCAGGGUGAUUUUGAGGCCAAACCCCCCACUGAUCCCUCAGCAGGCAUCUACAGCCAUGCUCUGUCUGGCAGUCACCCAGACGGUGAUGACAGCCCACGUCCGGAUGAGGUUAAGCAGAGGGGGAAGAAUGCAAGGUUUAGCCGAGAGAAGAUGAAGCUGCAGUGUCUCGAUCAGCAAGAGGAGCAAUUCAGUCAAGGGAACCACACACGAGACAAGAUUCGCCACCGAGUCCGACAGAUGCUGUCUGACUCGCCCACUGAGGAGAAUAGAUUAUUAAUAAUCAAAGAUCUGCAUCUGAACGGCAGCACACUGACCUCCACUAAAGCAGAUCUUCUCUCCGAGGAGUCCCCUAUCAGCCCCACGAGUCCCGUCAGCCCACCAGGACACCAAAGCCCCAUAAAGUGCUUCACUCUGCCCCACCAGCCGAGCCCGCCCACUGUUCCCCCCAACCCCAAAAACCCGUCCCGUCUUAGGAGGGCCCCUAGCCUCAGCAGAACCCGACCAUCGCUGUCCCACAGCUCAGAUGAGCUCUCCCCUGGUACUGCUGGCCACAAGAAAAAUCUCUCGGAGCCUCCGGAGCUGUGUCCGUUUUCCAAGCCUGAGCAGGCGCUGACGCAGAGCUUCAACCUGCUGAACUCAGAAGAAUGGGAGAAGAAGAUCGAGGGUCUGACGUUCCUGCGCAGUCUGGCUCACUACCACUCAGACACACUCCAGGGCAGGCUUCAUGAUGUCUGCCUAUCUCUCGUUCAAGAGGUGAAGAACCUGCGGUCAGGUGUGUCCAGGGCUGCAGUGUGUACACUGGGCGACCUAUACACCCACCUGCAGAGGGCAAUGGACCAGGAGCUGGAGGGGACAGUUAAAGCUUUACUGCAGAAGGCCGGGGAGUGUAACGCCUUCAUUAGGCAGGAUGUGGAUGCAGCACUGGACUGCAUGGCGCAGCACUGCACAACCACUCGUAGCAUCAGUGCUUUACUCUCUGGGGGUAUCAGUCACCUUAACCCAGUGGUGAGAAAAUGCACAGCCCAGCAUCUGGCAAAUCUGGUAGAGAAGGUCGGUGCUGUCCGUCUACUGUCUGGAGGUAAAGAUCUCAACGACAGAAUCCUACCUGCCGUCACCAAACUCACUCAAGACUCCUCACAGGAAGCCAGGUACUUUGGGCGUCGGAUGCUGCUGUCCCUGUCAUCCCACCCUGACUUUGACAAGAUCCUGGAGAAAUAUAUCCCCACCAAAGACCUGCCGACUGUCAGAGACACGGUCAUCACUCUCAAGACAAAGGGUCUUGGUGAGAUGCCUCAAGACACCCAGUCAGCCAGGGGUAGACGCUCCCUCCCAGGCAGUGGUACAGUCAGAGCCUCAUCUCUCACCAGGGAGCCACCUAACCAGACCAUCAGGGAGUCUAAUAGCCAUUACAGCUGUAGAUCUCAGACACAGAGUAUUGCAGACAAGACUGAAUACAUCAAGCAGAUCUCAGGUCUGCUGGGUUCAAAGGACUUCAGAGAGAGGAUCAAGGGAAUCGACCAGCUUGCAGCCGACUGCCAGCACAACCCCAACAUGGUCAUCAAUAGUAUAUUCCAGGUGUUUGAUGCCUUCAAGGCCAGGCUGCAAGAGUCCAACAGCAAGGUCAACUUGCAUGCCCUCGAGUCUCUACAGAAAAUCAUCCAUUUCUUGAAAGACAACCUGUCCCAAGUGGUCAACAUCCUGGUCCCAGCAAUUGUGGACAAUCACCUCAACUCCAAGAACAACGCCAUCUCUUCUGCUGCUAUUGGAGCUAUUAAUGCACUUAUCUUAAAUCUUGAUAACAUACUUCUUCUUCAGCCUUUGUGCACCAAGGCUCAGUUUUUAAACGGCAAAGCAAAGGUGGAUCUUAUUGAAAAGGUUGCAGAUCUUGUGACAGAGCUCUACCCUCGCAAGCCCCAGAUGGUGGAGCACAAAGUGCUGCCCUUGCUGUGGCAUCUCCUGAGCACCUCUACCCACAGCGGCACUAUUCAGGGCCGGGGCGGCAGCGUGAGGGGUGCUACCGCCAACCUGUGCCAAGCCCUUUACGCUCAGAUGGGGCCCAGCCUGAUCGAGUGUGCUCAGGCCUCCCAGCCUGCCAAUGUCCAUAAAUGUUUAAAUGAGGUCCUGAGGACCUUGUCCUAAAGGUAAAUCAGAGUCCAAACACAACCAAAUGUUGGAAGAGAAGAACGUUAACACUGACCUUACUUGAAGACGGAGAUGUUCUACAUUUCUUACAGUGCCUGCACUUUUAUAUCAAUAAAGAGAAAGUCCUUAAAAAUUAGGAGCUCUUAUUCUUAUCUCAGUGAGAUUUCCUCUGGUACAGAAGCAUAGACAAUUGUAACAUACUGACAUCAGGUCUUACACAUACUCAACCUGCUCUCUUUGCACUUUGAAAAGGUAGCUCAUUAUCAUGACAGACUUCAUGAGUUUUAUAUUUUACCAUCCUAUUCUUUGUCAUGCUGUUGCUUUUUUUUCAUAAUCUAAACAUGUACUGUAGACAAAUCAGACACUAUUGCAGAAUGUAAAAUUGAAAUGCACAAUAUGUGGAAGACAGGGACCUGAAAGAUGUAUAUUUUUGCUGUUUCAUCAAAUGUGAUGUGUCUUAUGCAGUUGUUUUGCAGAUUAGUAAAGCAAGAUUAAUUAAUAGUACAAAAUACGUUUUGUACAGCUCAGUUGUGUAUUUGCACAGUAUUAGCUUAAUCUGUUAUCAUAUGCUGUAUGAUGGUACAGUUUAUAAUUUAACUAUUGUGUAAUGGUUUAAAAGUCCUGUUAAUGAUGUGCUGAGUUGGUACUGUCUGUCUUUUUUUCCCCCUUGCAUGAACAAAAUUUACUGGCAGAAUCAAAAUUGUGUAUAUUUUUGUUAAGGAGUUAUAUAUGUACGCUGAUACCUAGAUCAAGGUUGGGUUCAAACCAUUUCCCCAGGGUUGGGGAGAGCGUGAAAGGAAAAGGAGAUGAGUUUUACUCCAGGUGUUGCCCGAGAAACCAUGAAGGCCCAUAUCUGAUUCUGUGUCAGUAUAGUGCCAGUCUUCAAGUAGCCUUUUAACUCAUCUAUUGUUAAAUUAUAUUGAACUUGUUUGUGAACAAGAGCAAAGACAGAAUGCUAUAUAAAUAAAGUGUUUUAUUUCUGUAAAAU